CCCAACUCAACUCUGUAAUGUAUUGUAUGAAAUUGCAGUCCGAGACAUUUACCAACAAUUUUAUAGAGCAUUUGUCGUAACUGUAGUGAUCGGAGUAAUAUUUCUGUUAAAGUUUAUUCUUGUAUCAUUUCAAUGCGUCUUAUUCUUGGUGGGGUUGUGUGUCACAGAUUAUAAAAAUUAUGUUAAAUUAAUUAUUGUUUCACCAUGGACGUGCAAGAACUCCGUUCCUAUCGAACAAAUCUUCUAUCUCAAGCACUUGUAGAGGGUUUACGAAGAAAUGAGGAGCAGACUAAAACAUGGGCUCAAUAUAGAGCUAGACAUAAAAAAGUUAUAGAAGGGUUAAAGGUUCUUCCAUUAGAGCUUAGUAUGAAUUGUAUGAUGCCUAUUGGUAAACGAGCCUUAAUGAAAGCAAAAUUGGUUCAUACCAAUGAAAUUUUAGUAUGCCUUGGAGAAGGAUACUUUGCAAAAUAUAGUGCACCACAGGCUGUUAAAUUGUGUGAACGGAGAAUAGAGCGGGCAGAUGAGAUGUUAGAAAAUCUCAGAAAAGAAAGGGACUUGUACGAAACAAAACAGUUGCUUUUAUUCAAUGAUGACACUUUUGAAAGCGACGAUAAGAAGGAUGUUGUGGAACACUGGGAUGAAAAGAAACUCAAGGAUUGGAGAGUUCAACAUAGACAAAGAGAAAAAGAAUAUCAUGAAAAAUUGUCACAGCUGAAACAUCAACAGAAAACAGAAGUUCGUACCGAGGAAGAUUUAUUUCAUAGACUAGAUGAGCUUGAACUUCAAGAAGAAUUAGAAGAUGAGAUUAAUAGAUUAGAGGAAGAACGGUCUAAUUUGUAUAAAAAUGAUUUGCGAGAUGGGGAAGUGUACUAUGAAUCGGAUGACGAUUCUGAUGAUUCGGAUUCUGUAACGGAAGAAGCAUUGAAAGAAGAACUAGCAAGAUUAACAGAAAUUCAGACAAUCAGAAGUGGGCAAAACGCACAUUCAAAUACCAAACAAAGUGAAAUAAAUGACUCCGAUACACUAUGUGCAUUAGAACCUUCUGCAAAUACCUACGGCCAGCUGAAAGACACGAAUGAGUUGUACACACAAGGAAUGAACAGAAUUCUUAAUAACGAUCUUAAAACAGAAAACGCUUCAAAUGACGCUUCUAAUACAGUUGGAAAUAGUAAGAUUGUAACGCAAGUAUGUUCAGAAAAAGAUAACGUAAAAAAUAUAGAAUCAAAACGAAGAGUUUCUUUUGCCGAUCUGUGCCACACUUCAGUUGAUAUCGAUACUGAAGCGAAAGUUCAAAUAUUUGGUAAAGAAAAAUGCAUGCUACAGGAAGUAUGUGUUGCAAAAAAAAAGGCAGAGGGAAGUGACAGUGAUUCUAACGAAGAAGAUAUAAUACGAAUCAAUUUCAAGCACUCUGAUAAUGUUCCUAAAGAUAAUAUAAAUGCGAAUGAUGUCGUAGAAAAUCCUGCUGAUAUCUACAGGAUAUUUCAUAAACCAAAAUCCAUUCUUAAGAGGUCUCCAAACGAUUUACAAUAUCACAAUGAUCAUUUAUUACUAACCGAAUCCCUCAGCGAUAAAGAUGAAGCCGAAGACGAAGAUGAAGAUGAAGACAAACUUAUUACAGAAUCAGCAUAUAACAUUGUCGUUAAGGAUGUUCAGGAAAAGAAUCCUGUCGUAAAGAACACUGUAUUCGAUAAACCUACUGCAGAUGUUACCGAGAGGAAGCGGCCAGUAAGUAAGUUUAUGAUGGAAAGAUCUAAAAAUCGACGGUAAUAAAUGACUUUAAUAUGUGGUAUCCUCCUAACGAUGUCUUACAAAAUAAAUUUAUUUCAAUUUC